GGCGGCGGGGCAGGCUGCGCCGCUGUGCCAUGAGAGGCUUUAAACGGCAGGUGCGGGGGAGCGAGGCACACGCGCAACCGGCGGCUGCUGCGGCCCGGCGGUAGCGGCGGGCGGGCGCGCGCCUUUCGGCUCGGCGGGAGCCGCGGCGGAGCGGAGCAUGUCGGUGGCGACCGGGGGCAGCGAGACGGCGGCAGCGGGCGGCGGAGGUGGCAACCGUGUUUUCUUCCAGAGCCCCCGAGGCGGCGGCGGGAGCGGCGGCUCCUCCGGCGGUGCCUCCCGGGAGGACUCAGUGUCGGCGCCGGCGGCGGUGGUGCAGGUCCAGCAGCGACGCCAGCAGCAGGGGAAAGUGACGGUGAAAUACGAUCGGAAGGAGCUGAGGAAGCGGCUGGUGCUGGAGGAGUGGAUCGUGGAGCAGCUGGGGCAGCUCUACGGCUGCGAGGAAGAAGAGAUGCCAGAUGUAGAAAUUGACAUCGAUGACCUUCUUGAUGCAGCCAAUGAAGAGGAGAGAGCUCUCAAAUUACAGGAAACUCUUGUAGAUUGCUACAAACCAACAGAGGAAUUUAUCAAAGAGCUGCUAACUCGGAUAAGAGGAAUGAGGAAACUCAGCCCCCCUCAAAAGAAGAGUAUAUAAAUAAUUCAAAGCAGUAGCACUCUGUAAAAGACAUGGCAAGGGAAAUGGGACUUUGAAUACAAGACCUUUAUUGUUGUAUUUCUCCACAACCUUUUUUUUUUUUUAAUUUAAUUCAGUUUUGACUCAAGGAAUUAUUAUUUU